GUUCUUACUCGGACUGUUCUUGAGCAAUACAGUACCCCGUAUUUUCUCCACCAUUCGGACAACACGAGUUCAGUUCUCGUCUCUGAUGUUCUCACUGAUGAGAAUUACACCGCUCGGAGCAGAUCGAUGAUCGCUGCGCUCACAGUCAAGAACAUGAUUGGCUUCAUUGAUGGAUCCAUUCCUUGUCCAUCAGAGCAUUUCUCUCUCUUUCGUUCGCGGCUGAGGAGCCGGAGACUCGAUGAUUCUACUUUGCAAAUUCUGGAAUUUGUUUCCGUUUCCAAAGACGUGAAGUCGUUGAUCGAAGCCAAAUCCAGAUUAAAAGAACUACUCAGAUUUGAAUCUCUAUCUAUCAUUCGCGAAACCGUCGAAAAAACUGACGAUCAAAAGCUUCUAGUCCUCGAAUUUCUGGUUCGAGCUUUCGCUCUUGUUGGAGACACUGAGAGUUGCCUAGCUUUGAGAUAUGAGGCCUUGAGUUUUCGGGAAAUGAAGUCUUCUAAUCAGAAAUGGCUUCAAGUUUCACACGUGGAAUGGUUAAACUUCGCUGAGCAUUCAAUGCAUUCUGGCUUUAUUUCUAUUGCCAUUAAGGCAUAUGAGCUUGCGCUGUCACGCCUUCAGCAGAGUGAUACUGAAAACUGCACAUCACACAGUUUGUCUAAAUGCGUGGAAGUUAUCGAAAAGAUAAAUAGACUCAAAGAUCAUGCUCUGAAAUCAGCUGCUUCCCAUUCUGUUCAGGCUCUCACAUCUGAGUAUUUGAAAAAGAAAGUAACUGAGAGGAACAGAAAGGAUUCUUCAUUCUGCACAAGAACUCCGUUUACAGCAAGCACUCUAUUCAGAAGUGGCAUCAGAAACCAUAAUGCAAGAAAGCUGCAAGAAUAUCAGGGUUUGCCGGAGUUUCCUAGUGAAUCGUACAAUCUCCAGUUUGGUGACCGAUCCUAAAUAUAGUCUCCCUUCACACCCAUCAGACUGGAUAAAUGACGUCCCAGGUCAGGACGUGUCUGUUUCCUUCAGGCAAUAGGUCGCAUUGGCAAACUUAGUUCUUUCGUUACUGGGAAUCGAUCGCGGAAACUCGCUGGUAAAAUAAUAAUGUUUCAUGUUUGCAAUGAAUUCCAGUUGUUAAGUGUAGGUCGCCACUUGAUGCCACAGCCCCUUCUGGCAGGUCCUUACUAUCAAAUAUUCUUCAAUAUUCUGUUAAUCCUAUUUUUCAAAACCA